AUAAGACUCUCAAACAUUUUCAUUGUGGUUUUGGUGUACUUGUUUCAGGGUCAAAGCCACGCGACUCAUGAUGAUGAUCAACUAGUCGCCCAAUACCAGCCUGUCCUAGGUGCUACCUUCGAGGACUUGCUUAACACAUGCCAGCAUCUUCCAAGUGGACCUGCUGAGGAAUUCACACGGCCUACCAAUAGCAAUGAUUUUGGACUUGAGGAUCAAGAUGACCAUUUGUUCACUGGACGGCCAAAUCAACAACUACCUUUGUCUGAGGAACUCUCAUGGUUUCCAGAAAAAUAUUUGGCUGAAUUGAAUCUCCCAUUUGUAACUGAAGGCCCCGCCGUGCAAACUUCACAGCUGCCUUAUUCUGGGUACAUUUCCAAACCUGAGUCGCCAAAUCCACAGCUGCCUACUUCUAGUGCGGAGUUUUAUUGCGAAAACAAUACCAUGGUUGCUCAAGGCCUGUCUUGCCCAGGCAGAAAUAUAGACUACUUGUGGAACAGAAACAAACCUUUUCCAAGUGAAAAAGAACACUUAGUUGAAUCUCCUGAGAAAUUAACAUGGAUAGGCGAUUUUGGAUUUGUGGCUCAAGAACCUUUGCCUGGAAAUAUUUUUGUUGAAUUGGAAUUGCCACCUGUGCAUGAAGACCCUGGCUUGCCUAAUCUACAACUGCCUGGUUCAGGGAACAUUCCUAGUUCUUGUGAGGACGUUUAUUUCCAAAACCAUACCCAGGUUGCUCAAGGCCUGCGUUCCGCAGGUGGAUUCACACCUUUGCCAAGCGUUGGUGAUCACUGCAAUCAAACAGUUCCGCCACAUCUUGUUGAAACUUCCUACGCCUCACUUAAUCCCCCACUAAUCAACAAUGGCAACUCCAAUGGAGCUGACCUUGGGCUACCACUGCAGUGCAAAAGAGCCAAGUUGUGCUCGAAAGGGAAAGAUCAAAGACGACCCUAUAACAAGUUCAGACUUGAUGAAACAGACGAACUGACUGAAGGAGUUCAAAAAUAUGCAGGAAUGCACUGUUGUUGGAUAAAAAUCAAGGAUGAAUAUUUCAAGAAUGAUCCCCAUAGAACACCGGACAACUUGAAGCAAAAGUGGAAGCAUAUGAUGGAAAGAGAUCCCAGUUUGAAGAAGCUCUACAAGCGUGCGUUGAUAGCCAAUAAGAAUGCUAAGUUCAAAUCACCCAAGUGCAAACAGGGGCGAAUUCUCAAAAAUAUAUAAUUGGAUGAGUAUUCAUCAUGAACCAAGUUGAUCAUCCCUGUCUUUUAAUUUUAAGUCGAAAGCAUUUUUUUUUUUUAAAACUAGAGUAAUUAGUCGAAAGCUUGUUAUAAGGAUUUUAAUAGAUUUGAAGGAUGGUUUGGAAGUUUUGUUUUGAGUGUGCAAAUAAUGUAACUGCUUAUACAAGGUGUUUUUGAAAACUAUAAUAUAAGGAAAUCUUUUAUCAAUGAAAUGUGGAAAAAUUUAUGGUGACAA